UGAAUGAAUGAAUGAAUGAAUGAAUGAAUGAAUGAAUGAAUGAAUGAGUGAAUGAAUGAAUGAAGAAGGCGGAAGAAAACAGGUUAUAUACGGGUACAUUAAAUGAAGUAAUACGUUAAAUUCCUUUAUCAAACACAUUGUAAUAAUGAACCAACAUUUCCGUCUUACAAAUUAACGCCAUAAAUUAACUAUACCAACACUAUGAAUGUAUUUGAGCCGCGUCACGACAAAACCAACAUAAUGGGUUUGCGACCAGCAUGGAUCCAGACCAGCCUGCGCAUCCGCGCAGUCUGAUCAGGAUCCAUGCUGUUCGCUAUCAGUUUCUCUACUUGUAAUAGGGUUGGUCUGGAUCUAUGCUGGUCGCAAACCCAUCAUGUGGAUUUUGUCGUGACGCGGCUCAUUUAAUGUUUACCAGACAAAAUGGAGGAGCACUGUGACACGAUGAUACAUAUGAUCAUGGACAGUGUAUAUCAGAUUAGACUUCAACUUGACGAUAUCUACAUACAAAGUCGACAAUCUGCUCGUCCAGCCACGUGCCAGACUGAAAUUGAACCAUGGUACACGUGGCCAAAUCUCAUGUUCUACUUUGAAGACCUUGAUCUUGACUGUGAGUUUGGAUAUCUGCAGUUUUUUCAAGUAACAACCAAUUCAACAAGAGUAAAAGGUCUUGAAGCUAAUAUAUGUGGAGAUGCCAAACCUAAAGGCAUAUUUGUAUUGGACAAGGAGAGAUAUUUGCAGGUUCGGUAUGUUGCCAAAAGAAACCAGUAUAUAGAGGGCGCUUUCUCCAUCAUUAUCACGUCAUACACAGAAGAACCAUGUCCUGACCAUAGUUUCAAGUGCGACAACUCUCGCUGCAUAGAUAGAGAAAUACGUUGUGACGGCUAUGAUUCGUGCGGUGAUGGCUCCGGAUGUAGAUUUGACCUGUCGUCUGCUGCCAUUGCUGCAAUCAUCAUCUGUAGUCUAGUCGGAUUAUUUGUUCUCAUCUCAACAGCUAUAUGUGUCGUCUGCUGCGUGAAGAAAAGCCGGAAAUCACAAGAAAGAGCUCAGAAUCAAGCGCAGCCAGGACUGGUGUAUACAGUAACAGCUGAUGGAAAUGGAACAUUAAGUCCCCCAUCUUACACCUCCGGUCAAAAUGGUCAAAGAAGGUUAAAUGAUUCAAGUUCGACAAAUUCCGCCGCGCAUCGGUCCACAUCGCCACCUUCAGCUCAACCACCUACAAACUUUACGGCAGGACAAAGCCCUGCGUAUCCACCAAACUUUACAAUGCCGUCUUAUCAAGAGGACAUUUUCCAAAUUCCUCCUCCGUAUGAAGAAAUGCAAACAUGUGUGCAGGACAGAAUAGAAUCUACAGAACGUGUUCGUGAAAACACAGAUAAUGACGUUUUAGAAAACAUUAAUCCAACAGAUAUUUCGGUUAAUGAGGUAACAGACCGAACAAAAGUAGAAGAGACAAAAGAAAACACAAAUAAUUCGGCAGCUACUGCUGAAGUAAAUUAUCAUGAUAGUGCAUCCGUUGAGACUGACCAGAACGAAGACACGACAUAUGAAAUAAUAAGUGACCCCGCAGAUGUUCUGGAAACGAAUGACAAUAAAAGUGAUUGUAAGAAUAUCGGAAAGAAUUUCACUGAUAAUACGUCAGAAGAGUCUGAAAAGGAAGUGGCAAACUCUUACACAAACGUUUUAUACUCUGGAGAAAAUGAUAAUUUUGUUAACAGGGAACAGAGUUUGGAAAAUGGGACAACAAGUGGAGUCGUAGUAGAUAAAAAAUUCUCCGCUUGAAACUACUGAAUAAAAUAUGUAAAAAACAGUGAUGCUAUGAUUAAAAUACCAUUGAAUGAUCAAAUUAAUGCAAAUGGAAACUAAAGAAUAAACUAACUAGUAUCAUGCCAAUCAUCGUUUCACUAAAAUGAAAUCGACAGGCUAAAGAGUAUCAUAAAGCCGUUAGGUGAGGGAAUAAACACGGAUACUAAAAUAAUAAAUAUAAAAGCAGUUUAUUUCGACGAUGAAUUGAACGUUUAUGUGAAUUUACAGUCACAUUAUGCUAAUUAUUUCAUUGUCAAGAUGCGAUGAAUUGCCUAUACUGAAUAUACAUGUAUUUCAAAGAUUGACUGUUAUAAUGGUGAUUGGCCGAUAGUUGAUAAUUGGAAAAUGAUCAAGACAAAAUAUAAAUGUCCAUGAAAUGUAAAAAGACUGUCCCACUCUUUUUAUAAAUUGAACUUUUCAGGUAAAUUCUGAUGGAUAUUAACAGAAUUUUCAUUGAGUUAUGUGAGUUAUUUAUCGUUCAUGUGAAAUAAUUUUUAAAAAAUGAAAGGAAUUAUGGCAAAAUAAAAAACAAACUUCUUUUGACAUUCAGCUGUUCACUCACUAUACACCUUUGGAUGGACGGAAUAUCACUUUCAAUAAGAUAUUUAAAUACAGCUUUCAAUCUAAAUGUCCACCAUGUUCCCUUUCUAUCGUUGUCAAGGGGGUGAUAGGUCAAGUCGCAAAACGGAAGUUAAAUUCCGGAAGAUAUCCGGAUAUCGUAAUGUUGUUGUGUUGUGUUGUGUUUUUUUUUUGUAAUUAAUAUUUGCAAUGGCACAUUAGCCCUGUAGUAGCCCUGUAGAAAUGUGUAUACUGUGAAUUCACUUAAUUCCGUGGACACAAAAUUUCUUCGUUUUGUCACGAAGAACAUUUUCGUGAGUUCGUAAGUCCGUGAACUGUUGAUUGUUUGUUUUUCAUAUAAAGUUAAAAUGUGAAAUAAAGGAUGAAAAAUAGUCCUAU